AUGGCAUCCUUGCAGGAAAAAUUAAAGGUGAACAAUGCGGGGACUGCUGGAGCAGUUAAAGACCCUGAUGCUUUUUCGAGAGCUGUGAAGCUUGCCGGUGGUUGGCCAGGAGAGCACAUAAAUUGGAAUGAAAUUUUAACUCAAACUCUUGAGAUGGCAGAAGAAUGCCUGAGUACAAACUACUAUGGUGUAAAAAGAAUGGCUGAAGCACUUGUUCCCCUUCUCCAAUUAUCUGAUUCACCCCGGAUUGUCAACGUCACCUCUUUGCUAGGAACGUUGAAGAAUGUUCCUGGUGAAUCAGUCAAAGGAGUGCUACUUGAUGUUAAUAGGCUUACAGAAGAGAGAUUGGAUGAGUUAUUGAACAAAUUUCUGAAGGAUUUCAAAGAGGGAUGGUUAGACAAAGAAGGUUGGCCAGUGUAUCAAUCAGCAUACAUAGUGACAUGA